AUGGAACCAGAAGGUAAAAGUUGGGAUGAUUCUAGACUUAAAGCUGCGAUUAAUGAAUACAAUAAAAGAAAAUAUAGUUCAGCUUUUUCUACUUUUAAAAGCCUAGCUAGCUAUGAUUAUUCGGAUUCUUUCGACAAAAGUGAAAUUAAAAUCUAUAGCCUGUCGACAUUUUAUUUAGCGCUUUGUUAUAUACAUGGUAAUGGUGUAAAACAAGAUAAACCUAAAGCCUUAAGCAUCACAGAUCAUUUAUACAAUAAAGGAAAGUAUAAUGAUGCUUGGAAUAUUUAUCGAGAACUAACUGAAGGUGAUGAAAUGAAAUUGACAGCAUUAGUUAAAAUGACAAAUUGCUAUCAAAUCAAUGAACAUGAUCCAAAAGAAGACAAUUUUUUUAAAGUUGCAUUAGAACUUUACAAUAAGAAAAAAUAUAAAGAAGCAUUUAAUAUUUUUUCAAAAUUUACUUCUAGUAGAAACAGUGAGAUUAGAUUUCUUGCCACAUGUUUUAAAGCAUUCUACCAUAUUUCUGGAUAUAAUAAUAUCAAAAGAAAUAAAAAUAAUGCUUUAAACAUUAUAUCAACGUUAAAUUAA